GAGUUGUUUAAUAAUUUUUUCCCUUGUUUGUCACUGGCUACAAACACCAUCAUUGGGGAUCAAGGGCAGUUGUUAGAACCUGCUAUUUAGAUAAAAGUCUGAGUUUUAAAAUAUAUAAUUUAUUAUUUAAACUACUUUUUUUUUGUUGUUCAAAGAGCUUACUACUAACUGGCUGGAAUGAAAACAGCUCCAUCCCACAGAUUCCACCUCCGCUUUCUGGCAGCUUACCUGACUCAUAAAGAGAGUGGGGGGUUUUAUAUGCCACCUACAUCAACUCAACAUUUUCCUUUGUGGUGAGACUUAAUCACCACCCUUGUCAUAUUAUUUCAUCGACCUUCUUGGAGUAGGAAUUCUUUACCUUUCAAACCAGCCUUAAAACUUCCUAUAAAAUAAGUGAGGGCUUUUUCCUGAAUUUGGUGAAAGUAUGUAGGUGGUCCAAUGCAGCAAGGUUUUCUGUGUUAUUUUUCUAAAAAAUAGCCUUUACCUGAGGACCAUAGAAGAGAGAGUUUCCAUGUGCAGAGAACACAUCUCUGACACGAGAUGUCACCUGGAGAGUUGAAAUCCAUCAGCUGAAGGUAGAGGACGAUCCCCCAGGUAAUCACUGCAGGUGGGGUAUGCUGAGGUGGGGGAAACUGUGGGCUUUUAGCCACAAUGAUCAAGGAUGUAAGUGGGCAAAGUUUGUCAGAGGCAGUGUCUAUAUUAGACAGAGUCAGGAAAGACAGACAUGCUUUUGGGCACAGCAGAUCUCUCCUUAUAACCUAUGUGACCGCCUCUUGUGGGGAGAGAGAUCAUAUGAAGUAGACUGAUACUUGUCAAGCAGAAAAUACUGAAUGAAAAAAGACUGCAAGGUAAAAAUGAAAACAAUACAGAGGUGGCUUUGCAAUAGGUAGUGUGUACAGGAGGCGAUGGAAGAAAGGGUAGAACAGAACCACCCCAGGUUGUUGGGAGUUACAAAGAGGACAUGAGUUAUGCUAGAAAGCUGGAGCAGAAAAACGUGACAUUUUUUUCUGAAGGAAUUCUUGAAAUGACAUAGGGGAAGGGCAGAAAGGAAGGUACCCUGGAGCUCAGCACUUAAAACCUAGUGUGAAGGAAGGCCAGGGAAAGCAUUUGGUGAGAGUCUCCUCAUUUCUCCAUCACAAAAGCAGGUAGAAGCAAGGAACAAGGAAGGAAGGGGGGAAACUAAAAGGGCUGAAGUGUACCAUUGGUAAAUAUCAGUGAAGGAAGCGUAGGGAACAUGCUUCCAUGUUGACAGAAGGCAGAAGUCCUCUUUGGGUCCUCUGGGGGACCUGGAGAUUGACUGAGUAACAAGUGGGGUGCUACAAGACGGGAGACAGAGAACAUCCUGUCCAGAAGGAGCUGUCUGUCCAUACCUAAUAUAAAUAUAGGUUGUUUUCAUUCUUGAUGUGUUUGUCUUAAAAUGCACUGGAGGUGUAGCAGCUCUGCCCUGAAGAUACGGAGACUGCAGCUAUCUUGACCUUCCAGUACCACCCUCCUCUUUCUCACAUGCCAGAAUUAACCCCAUCUUCUCUCCUCUCCUGCGCUGUGGGUACUUAGCCCAGCUCCAGUCAUCCUCCUUAUCAACUGUAGCUGCCUGAUAACUGAGACACAACUCAAGAACUUUGCAGUCACCUGCAAAGAUAUGGUUCUGGAAGCAGAGGCAUUAAUGACCUCUGUGGAAGGAGUGUGCUGGAAGAGGCACCAGCAGGGAGAGAGAGGAGCAAAGGCUCCAAGACUCAGCAAAAGAGCUCUCAGGAUGCCAGAGCCAGCAAAGUCAACCUCAGCCCCCAAAAAGGGCUCCAAGAAAGCUGUGACAAAGACCCAGAAGAAGGGUGAUAAAAAGCGUCACAAAAGCAGGAAAGAGAGCUACUCCAUCUAUGUCUACAAGGUGCUGAAGCAGGUCCAUCCUGACACGGGCAUCUCCUCCAAGGCCAUGGGCAUCAUGAACUCCUUCGUCAACGACAUCUUUGAGCGCAUUGCUGGAGAAGCCUCCCGCCUGGCCCACUACAACAAGCGUUCCACCAUCACAUCCCGGGAGAUCCAGACCGCCGUGCGCCUGCUGCUCCCAGGAGAGCUGGCCAAGCACGCGGUCUCAGAGGGCACCAAGGCUGUCACCAAGUACACCAGCUCCAAAUAGCCCGACGUCCCCUCUGCAAUGGGACCAUCGAGCACCGGGCCCUCCACACAAGCACGAGUAGGCAGCCAUGGUCUGGACGAAUGGUCACUGCUAUUAUCCACAGCAAUUUGCAACCUGGGAAUGGGCAUGAGAAGCUGCCCAGAGGAAGAGGAGACAAUGAUCUGGAUGUCAGCUGAUUUUCAUAGUCCGUUCAGGAUGUGGAAAGGAUUUGUCGAGGCUGGUAGUGGAGGCCCCUGCUUUCACAUCUCAUUCAAAGAACUGACCAACCAUAAUAUAUCCAGUCUCCUCUGUGCUUGGCAAACAUUCAUGUUUGGCACUGGGAGGGAGGGCUGUCAGCAGCAGCACAGAGACACCAUCACUGAAGUCUUCCUGUUUGACUGCUUUCUCACAGUCAUCUGAUAUGGGUACUGAAGAGUCAGCGCUGCAUCCUCACUCUCAGAGCCUGAAUCUCUCCUGGUGUGCAGUGGCUCAGCCCACCCUGUGCUGGCAGGAGUGGCAUCAACAGCUACUAGGCACAUAUUGAUUCAACAGCUAUCUGUGUUUGACAGCCUGUUUUAAAGAGCAAGCCUGGCAGGCAGGCAGAUGCCCACGUUGAUACCAAGCACUAAUCCUCCUUCUUGCUCCUGAUGGAUGAGCCAUGGAGCAAGAUGAGGGUGCUGGUGCUGGAGCUGCCCACUGCCUCCCACCUUGUGCUGAGGUGGAGGGAUGGACAAGGUGGGAUGUUGGGAAUUGGUCUCUAUUUUCCUGGCUGCUGCUUUGCCUGCCUUAGGACUUGCUUUGGCAUGCAAGACAUUGCUAAUUCUGCUACUUUUCAGAGACUUUUCCUGCCUUGAUGCUGCCUGGGUGCUCCCUUCUACCGUAAGUGUGGGCCAGAUGGGGUGGUGUCCAUGGGGGUCCCCUCUCCUGUGAGCAAUAGGGUGGUGCAGGACAAACAGCACAGAUGUUUUGGGCAGGGACUGAGG